CAGUCAUGGCGUCACUUCCGGCGGAAGGAGGCGCGGGAGAUUCGAUUGGAAGACACUCUCUUGCCGCUUGAGUCCUGGGGAUCCGCGUCACUGAGCUUCGCCCGGGCAGGUUCCUGGUCUUCUGCCUCAGGAGUCAGUCUCUUCCAUAAAAGGGCGGUUAUGAGAGUAGAAGAGUGAGAAGGUCAGUUCUUUUCAUUUUAGACGGUGCUGUUGCAGUCAAUCAGAGAGCGUUUGUGUGUGCCAUCGACCUGGAAACGGGUUGUAUAAAAAUGUACCCAGACCAAAUACUAAAAUCUAAUGAAGUGAUUUUUUCCCGAUAAAAAGAACGGUUUCCCACCAAUACAGGUUUAAACAUUCAUGCCACAGUGAGAACACAUGAACAGAAGAAGAAAAUUUCUUCUUGCCUCAGUUCUUGCUCUCCAGAAUUCUAGUUUUAUAUAUCCUUCAUGUCAAAAGUGCUUUUCUCGGAUAAUCCUGGUCUCCAAAAGGUCUAAUUGUCCAAAAUGUGGCUCUGCUGGUGAAGCUGAAAAUGCCAUUUACAGAUACAAGCUUUCCUUAAAAGUUGCAGAGUCAAACAAAUUAUUUGGCAUUACUGUAUUUGGAAGUUGCUUAGAUGCAUUUUUUGGUCUCACAGCCACUGGUUUGCACAGGUACAUUCAGGAUCCCAGUGAAAUUCCAGAAACUCUGGACAGUGAUACAACUCAAAACCUAUUAACUAAAGCAGUGGAAACUUGCUUUGUUGGACAAAACUUCAUUUUUGGAGUGACGAAUUUUGAAAAUCAGCAUGGAAAAGGUUCAGGUUCCAGUAACUUCUCAGAGCAGUGCUCAGACCACAAGAGAGUAGUUAAAGCACUUGUAGCUUGCCAGAUCAUUCCACCAGACCCAAGUGUUGUAGGCUUCACUGUCAUUGACUAUUUCCGUCGGCUUUUGCAGCUUUCUGCUGUCAGGAAAGUUCACUGUGGCUCCCAGACACCUAAUAGCCACUUACUUGCUUUAGAAAAUUCGAAUAGCGAUCUCAGCAGCUUAUGUGGCCCUAACAGCAGUUCUUAUUGUUUUGAGCCCCAUGGCAAAGAUUAUUUUUCAGGAUUCUGGCAGCUAUCCCUACAACUGACUUCUGUUGUUUCACAACUAACAGAUGAUGAUUUUUCAGUUUUGGAACAAAGCGAGGCCAAUGGUACUCUUCACCAGAACAGAAAGUGCAUCUCCUCUGCAGAGGCCACUGGUUCCAAUAGCUGCCUUGAUACCAUUCAGGGUUCAUGGAGCCUUGUUUCACAUAUGGACAAAAAGAGCUCAGCACAAAAGUUAGAUGAAGAACUUGGCCUACAGGCUAAUCAGCCAAGUGCAGUUCAUAGCAAUCAUCGUGAAACUGGAGUUCCUGGCUCUAAUUUAUUCCCUAUGAAAGUACAGGAGCCAUUUGAACCAAGGAAUACAAAAUCCUUGCACAGUGCUGUAGAAGUUAAAAAUAUUUAUUCUCAGCAUGAGAUAACAUGUCACCAGAAUCAGGAGGUAGAUACGCCCCCUAGCUUUCAGCAGAGAUGUACGUGUUAUCCGUCUUCAUCACUCAGACUUGAGGAAAUAGCCAGUAGUUCCCAGGACUGUGACCUCGAGAUCUGGGAUGACCUGCCACUCUCUGAAAGCCUAAACAAAUUUCUGGUAGCUAUCGAAAGUGAAAUCGCUGUAAACCAGACAGAUGCCAGUAGCAGGAAAUGUCAUCUAGAUAAUGACAUCAGUAAACUACAUGUGGACUACAGCAGGUUAUCAUUGACCCCACAAAGAACCCCUGGAGCCUUGCAUACACCACCUAUAGCCUUAAGGUCACCACCAGCAACAGUCAAAGCAAACUCCAGCAGAGAUAACUUCCUUUCCAGCCAUGAAGCAAAUCCAAGUCCUAGCAUUCAUAAGGAAUCACAGCCUGAGAACACAGCAGAGGCUUUCUCUUUUAGUGGUAAUAAAAGAGACAUUUCUGAACAUUCUCUACCAAAUGUUCAUUUGUCAGCUCUGUUUCCAUCUUCAAAAGGCUCAGGCACAACAGUUGCUCUUAAGUCUACAAGAAUUCUACCACAUGAGACUGAAAUUUCAUGCAAGCACAAUACUUCAGAAGCUGACCAUUCUUGUCUCAGCAGCAAAUGUAAUGGAUGUGGAGAAAAAUCACUUUCAGAAAUGAGUGAAAAGUUAAAAACUUUGCGUUCUAGGAGGUAUAAUGUUGUUUCCAACUUUCCCAGCUUAGAAAAUAAACAAUACUGUAGGCGGCCAAAGAGUCAGGACAACAGUUUGACAAUUUGCAGGAAACUCACAUAUCCUUUAGAAACUCUUCACAGUACUCCAAAUAGAAGUAUGACUACAUUGAGAGAAAUGCUUUAUGAACACACUGGUAAUAACCUAACACAGAACUGUUCUACUGGUCAUGAAGGCAACUACAAUGCUUCUGUGGAUCUCUUUGAUGAUAAAGAGGUGGACAUUGUAACAGAAAUGACUAAAAGGUCACAGGAUAUUUUAUUACAGUGGGGUAAGUCUUUGGCAGAAAGUCAUCAUACAGAAUCUGAUUUUUCACUGAGAUCACUUUCUGAAAACUCCAGCCAGUCAUUACAAAAAUUAUCCUUGCAAAACACAUCUGCCUCUCUCUAUCCAAGAACCUGUCCCUCUCCACCUUAUUUUCAGUCAGAUUCAGAAUAUGAUUUUGAAUAUAGCAAAGACUUUGUUCCGUGUUCACAGUCAACUCCAGUUAUUGGAUUCCACCAAAGUAGGAUUCAUGGGAUGAAAGGAGCUUUCCAAAAAUUACCUGCCUUUAAUUUGGACCUUGAUGCCAACUAUAAAAAAACAAGGAUUUCCUCUGCAAAUGACGCACAGCAAUCCACCCCUAUCUGUCCACAAAAUAUAAAGACACCCGGCCAGAAAUCCAGAAGCCCUACUGUAUCUGGUAUUACACCACCAGAGGUCUCCAACAACCAUCCUGUCACUGAAUGCCUUGAAACUGAUGCUGACGAAUGGGUCCCUCCUACCAUACAAAAAGUAUUUCCUUCAGAAAUGCUUGGAUUCCAGGCCAUGGGUCUAAAGAAAUGCCAUGCUGCUUAUAAUUCUCCUGAUCAAAAUGAGUUAACAAGAAAAAAACUGAAAUAUGUCAAGCAAAGAACUGGUAAAUGCUUAAUUAAGAAGAAGUUAAAUCUAAAGAAUAUGCUUACAGCAGCAGUUAUAAAACAGAAAACUCCUGACUGUAACAAUAUAAGGUCACGCUGGAUUUUUAAAGAGUCAGUUUUGGGACGUGGUUCUUGUGCAGAAGUCAAAUGUUGCCUUCCAUUUUCAGAAAAUUGGUCACCUUCAGCACCUGAAACUAAAAGUGCUUGGUCUCCUGAAUUGUUCUCACAAAAUUUCACCUAAACCCAAUUUCUGAGCUUUUAAAGGUACAUCUCUUUGGAAACUCUGCCUCCAAUGUCAUGGAAAGCAUUCUUACCAUUUUGAAGACUUGAAGCAAAUAGAAAAGAGGUGCUAUUAUGCCUAUAAACGAGGGGAAGCCAUUGUCUUUCCCAGCGUUUUAUCCAGAAUGCUCUGAUUUCAGAUAAUUUGGCACUUUAUCUUGUAUUGUUGAUUGUACUUAAGUAAUACUGUUAAUUUUGCUUGUUAAAAAUAUUUGUUAAAAUCACACAUAUAUGCAGAAAUAAAGCUUUUGCAGACCAAAACUUAGUCUUUCUUAGUUGUUCAACUUAGAUCAGAAAAUGCCUGCCAGCUACUGUUGGGUUUGUGAUACAAAGCUACAAGAUCACUGAUCUCAAAAGAUUUUAGUCUACUAGGUAAGACAGAAAUAUAAUAGAUAAUUUCAAUACAAUACA